CCAAAUGCAGGCUUUGGAUACAUCAGGCGAGAGCUCCCCAUGUGUUUGAGUCCUGCAAUAACAGAAGGUUUGGGCGUGCGCACAGCAAGCCAGCUGUAGGACGGGGUGGAAGCGAGAUGAGAAUUUUAAGCAGGCACCUCGUGGCUCAGCAUCAGCACCGGGCUGAGUUAAGAUUUGCGCACCCAUCAAACUUGGCUUGGGACCUCGGCAUGUGAACGGGCUUUGCAGGAGGAGGAGGAUCCACCUAGAAUGUCAGCUCUGAAGAAGGUGUUGCCAGGCAUACUGCAGAAGCAUUGCUGUAUCUUACCAGACAGGAACACAGAAUCACAGUGCACACUGUGUGGUGAACCAGAAGACCAACAGUAUUCAUGGUCGCCCUCGCAGUACUUCGAUGAGGACAGCUACUCCCCUCCACCCAGGAACAUGAAGGGUCUCUCAGGCGGCCGCCCAGCCCAGCUCCAGCUCACCUCCCCCCACACCUGCGGCCUGGCUGAUUGCGACCAUUCCCUGGACCACCACCUCCACCAUGGCGACUCCCGGCCCCCCUCCUACCUCCUCAGUCCCACCGAGAGCUGCCCCCUUGAUGGCCACCACCGCUGCUCCCCACGAAGCUCCAUCCACUCCGAGUGCAUGGUGAUGCCGGUGUCCAUGUCGGCCACUGAUCACUCCAUCUCUAGUAGCACUUUCCCCCGCAUGCACUACGGCAGUGCUUCGCGGGACAGCGGUGGAAACACGUCUGGCGGCAGGGAUUCUCACGACGACGGUGGCUCAUCCUCACGUGGUGGCAGUGGCAAAAUGAACCGAAUCCCAGCAAACCUCCUGGACCAAUUCGAGAAACAGAUGCCGCUGCACCGGGACGGCUUCCACACACUGCAGUACCAACGCACUUCCACCACAACCACAACUACGGAGCAGCGCAACGAAAGCCCCGGGCGAAUCCGCCACUUAGUCCACUCGGUACAGAAGCUCUUCACAAAGUCGCACUCCCUGGAAGGUUCCUCCAAGAUGAACGGGACCAAAAGCGACUCGCACAGGGACAGCUCACACCACCACCAUCACCACCACCAAGGCCACCACAAACACAGCAAACGCAGCAAGAGCAAAGACCGUAAAUCCGAUGGCAGCGGCAAGCAGCGCUCAGGAGGUUGGUGGAGUUCCGAUGACAACCUUGAUAGUGACAGCACGUACAGAACACCGAGCGUCAUGUCACGGCAUCCUGUGGACCACAUCAGUCACUGUUACCCCGACUCAAUGCACGGCCAUCUGGGGGGAGACCUGUCACUGAAGACCUCCAAGAGCAACAACGACGUCAAAUGCUCAGCCUGUGAGAGCAUAAGCAUGGCGCCCGAAGGCAAGUUCAUGAAGAGGAGCUCCUGGUCAACGCUAACGGUCAGCCAAGCCAAGGAGGCCUACAGGAAGUCCUCACUCAACCUGGAGAAGCCCAUGAUGCCCACAGACCUCAAGCCCAACCUCAGGCCCUGUCACUAUCUACAGGUGCCCCAGGAUGAGUGGGGGGGUUAUCCUGGCGGAGGGAAGGAUGAUGAGAUCCCUUGUCGCCGGAUGCGGAGCAGCAGCUACGUCAAAGCCAUGGGGGACGAGGAGAGCGGAGAGUCGGAUUCCAGCCCCAAGACAUCGCCUCAGAAGUCAGUGCGACCAGACGCCCUGGUCAAGGCCAUCAUCAGACCCAGGGACCUGCUGGACUCCCAGAGUCAGAGCUACCACUUGCAAGCCGCCAGGGACAUGCACCCAAGCAUUGCCCUGGAUCCCUCUGCCAACUACAACUCACCCAAGUUUCGCUCCAGGAACCAGAGCUAUAUGCGGGCCGUCAGCACCCUCAGUCAGGCUAGCUGUGUUAGCCAAGUGAGCCAGGUGAGUGAAACUGAAAUAAAUGGCCAGUUUGAGUCUGUCUGCGAGUCGGUGUUCAGCGAGGUGGAAUCUCAGGCCAUGGAGGCUCUGGACCUGCCUGGCUGCUUCAGAACCCGGAGCCACAGCUACCUGCGAGCCAUCCAGGCCGGCUACUCCCAGGACGAUGAAUGCAUCCCCCCCAUGGCUUCUACUGUCACCUCCACCAUCAGGUCCACCACAGCCAUCACCUACACACCCAGCUAUAAGAAGACCCCUCCUCCGGUCCCGCCUCGCACCACCUCCAAACCGCUCAUCUCCAUCACGGCCCAGAGCAGCACCGAGUCCACCCAGGAUGCCUACCACGAGGGGAGGCACUCUCACGGUGGGAUGUGGGCCGCCGACGGUCUCAGCCUGGGGUUGAGUCCGGGCCGGGCCCUUUAUAACUCCACCGACAGCCUGGACAGCGCCAAGGCGGUGACUAUAGCCAUGGAGGCUGCUGGAGUCGGCUGGAAAAGACACCCGUCCACAGACUCCCACAGCUCAGUGCUCACCUGCGAUAAGGCCAUCCUGGUGUCAAAGGCUGAGGAGUAUUUGAAAACACCUCGAUCCUCCAUAGGGAUACAGGUGGAAGCAGCCACGGACUCUGAAUCUGAAAGCAAAGGCUCCAGGGAGUACCAUUCUGUUGGGAUCCAGGUAGAGGAUAACAAGAAAGGACAGGGAAGGUUCAAACGCUCCAACAGUGUGACUGCAGCUGUGCAGGCCGACCUGGAGUUGGAGGGUUUCCCCACCAUGGAGGAUAAGGGUCUGCAGUUUGGUGGGGGCUUCCAGCGUCACUCUGAGCCCAGCACGCCUACCCAGUACGGGGCAGUGCGGACCGUACGCACCCAGGGCCUCUUCAGCUACCGCGAGGAUUACCGUGCCCCUGCUGAACCCCCGAGCCCCAGGGAGACCACCAGCGAAACCACCUGGCAGCUAGAACCCCCCUCCCCACGGGACAGCGCAGUCUCGUCAGGGGAGUCGGGGCGGGUGUCUCCCUCCCUGCGGAGGGAUGGGAGCUGGUUCAUGCAACUGCUCCACACCGAGACCAAGAGGAUCGAGGGCUGGUGUAAGGAGAUGGAGGCAGAGGCUGAGGAGAAUGACCUGUCAGAGGAAAUUUUAGGCAAAAUCCGAAGUGCUGUGGGAAGCGCUCAGCUGCUCAUGUCCCAGAAAUUCCAGCAAUUCUACUGGCUGUGUCAGCAAAACCUGGACCCCAGCGCCAUGCCACGACCCACCUCUCAGGACCUGGCUGGGUUCUGGGACCUGCUGCAGCUCUCCAUCGACGACGUCACCAUGAAGUUUGACCAGCUGCAGCAGAUCAAGAACAACAACUGGAGGGCCGUGGAUAGUCCAGAAAAGAAGCCACCAGCUCCCAUACCAAAGAAGACAGUUCGACAGAAGAGUGCAGUAACAAGGGAGAAAUCCCUGGACCUCCCAGACAGGCACCGGCAGGAGGCCCGUCGACGGCUCAUGGCAGCCAAGCGAGCAGCCUCCUUCCGGCAGAACUCAGCCUCAGAGCGAGCGGACAGCAUUGAGAUCUAUAUUCCAGAGGCUCAGACUAGACUUUGAGAAGAUAGGGUCAGGGGCCGACGUGUCUCCCUGCUCCCGCGUUCUAACAACUUUAAAACUAGCCUUUUUUCUAGACUGCUACUCUCUCUACUCUUCCUUUAUCCAUCCGUUGUCUGAUCUCAAUAGCCAUCCUCAGUGCCCAUCGCCAACACCAUCGGACUGUAGGAUGUGCCAAGGCUCCUCUCCCAUUGCCAGAAUAAGUGUUAGCAAAAACGUAUGUCUGACGUGGGUCAUUUGGGUUUUUCCUUGGUUCGCUGGUGAUCAGGAUACCCAGCCUACAAGCUCUCUCAUCGGGCAUCCUGGAUGGGUGCGUCUGUAGUUUUUCAGCAUUUGCAAAGUGCCAUUUAAAAAGUGCAGCUUUGAAAACCUACCAGCAACCAGGCCUUUGAGCUAAAAAAAAAAAAAAAAAAGAGUAAAUGAGAGAAAAUCUAUUUAUUUCAAGUUGUUCAAAAAUGAUCAAACCCUUCAGUAUUUUUUCAAUAAUUUAAGAUCACGUUAUGUUUGUUUCUAUGCUCUUUUUGGCUUUUUUGGGGGGAGGGGGGGAUGUAUUAAUUACAAACUAAAUAUCACUAAAUUAUUGUAAGUUCAAAUCUCUGAAAAGUGCCAAUGCUUGAAAUACCUCAACUCUGUGCAUGUGGCACUGGUCACCCAUCCAAGGUUAUUCAGGCAGCCCUUAAUAAGCUGGUCAGUGUUGGAAAAAAUGCAGCUUUCUACCCAAUCUGGUUGUAGUCAAACAUCCCUCAUGGUCUGGAUUGGUGGAAGAAUGAUAUCUGUCAGCUCAUCAACAUGCACAUUUCACAACAACUUUCCUAUAUAUCUCAUGUUGCCAACUUUCAGAUAUUGACAUUUACUUGAAGCUGAAAACAUGCAAGUCUUGUGCCAACAUUUUCAUUAUGUCAAUGCAGUAGAAAAAAAAAUAACUAGGAAGGUUUGUGUAACUCCUUAGAUGAAAAUGUGUAGACAAAUGCACUUAUGCACUUAUUACAAUUCUCUCUAUUUCCAAGGGAAAUGUACAUACCCAAGUUCACAAUAGUACUGUUGUAUUUUGAAUUGUGAGUGGGAAGAAUAUUCAUCAUGUUUUUGUUUUUUUUUUCCUUCAUGUCUGCUGCUUGUCUACCCUCUCUGUUGAUUUUUUUUUGACAAAUCUGGAUUUGGUGCACACAUGCAGCGGCUCGAUCGCACACAUGGAACCACACAGCUGGGUUUUCAUCUGAUGUACUUUUCUCAGGCCCUUUCAAGUAGCGCUCUCAGCCACAGUUAAUGAGGAGCGAUAGGAGAGGGAAAGAAGGGUCGAAGCAUAAACAAAAUAUCUGCAUUCUAGCCUCUUUAAUCCCAGAAAUGCUUCAUCGGUCUCACAUUUCUUGAAAAGUUCUGUGUUGUCGAAAGCCUCCCUAAGCAAUAUCGUAACUGUCUCCCUCCAGGAAAUGAUGGGAAAUAAUGAAACGAAAGUGGGGCAAAGGCAUUCCAGAGGGAUCCAAGCAGCAAGUCUCACACAGCUGAAACUUUGCAAGCAAGCAUCCUGCUUAAAGGAAAUACACGACGAAUGGGGAUAUUAAGCGCCUGUAGCUAUAUGGACCGUGUGUGAUAUACUGUGAAACAUGACGUAGUUAGAUUAGAUUUUAUAUCACAAUUGAGAUGCACUGAAGAGUUUGGUCGCACCAGCUCUCUGUAAACUUCAUCCAGUUUGUGUCAGUGGAGAUUUAAAUGGGUUGACCGCACAAACAAAUUCUAGAGAUUAAUUGCUCUGAAAUAUUUAUACGUGCCAUGUGCUUGGGGACUAAACAAACUGACGAAAUGUUAGUUUGCUAGAGUUGUCAAUGUGAAUGUGGUUGACAAUCUGAGUUGACACUUGAUAGAAUUGUAUUUUAAUGAUAAUCUAACCUGUAUAGAUUCUUAAAUCAUAUUUAAACACAUCAAAUGACACAUCGGUGUGCUACUAACGUGUUGUCUACGUUAAAAUGGCAUAAUCGGACUUUACAACUCUUUCUAAACUGCAUACAUACUCAUAUUUCUGAUCAAAAUAGUGAAACAAACAGAACUUAAGUUAAAAAUAGCUGCAGCAGCCCAAUCCUGGUCUGUGCUAUGAAAACUUAAAACCUGUUCUAGCAGUAUUAUCCAUCAAGUUAAAUGAACUCUGAGCAAAUGGAAAACGUUUGCUGCUUUAUUAUGAAAUGUUAGUACCAGUAACUUGGACGUGAGUCUCCACUGUGUUGCCAACGCUACAUCAGAAUCCCUGACCUACAGACUGAAGCCUAUUAGUAAAAUGUUGGAUAAUCAACCAACUAAAUGGUGCUGCUUUUCAUUUAAUCAGCACACAACUAGAAAAACAAUCAGUUCAAACAUAAUGUGCUGUGCGCUGUUCGGUACAACACUUAAAAAUCUAUUUUUCUGACUUUGAGAUUUUUGGUUGAGUAAUAGUGCCAGAGUGCCUGGCUUCAUUAUGGGUCGCAGCAGGACCAGGGAGAUUCAUUACAUACUAGCAAAGUAGAGUUCUCUGGAAUUGAAUAUUUUGUGUGUGUGUGUGUGUUUUGUCAAUAUGUGUGUGUGCAUCUUGCUUUUGUAGCACACUGCUGACCUAUUCAGAACAGAGAGGGUGAAUCUGGGGUCGGUGUGCGUUCUGAGUCGGCUUGAUUUCCCUAUUAUUACCCAACUGUGGCCUGACUUGCAUCUAUCCCCAACACAAACACACAGAUACACAAUGUCCAUGUGCCAUCACCACUCCAAAUCAUAUUUUCGAUGCAAUAUAGUAGGGUAGUAAUUAUUUAUUUGGGAUACAAUUGAAUUUUUGAUCAAAUGUAGUUCUUUUUUUUGCAUCCUUGCUGUAUUCACAUGCAGAGUCCUUGAAGACACAAAGCGUAUCUCUGAGCCCAUUGUGACUCCAAGUAUAGAUGUGUUUUACUCUGAUUUGUUUCCAGCCAACCUUCUGUGACACAUUGUUUCAUUGCCAAAAUUCUUGUAGCAGAGCUCAGACAAAAGCUAAAAUAUUUUUUUCAGUCCAACAAAUCACCAGGUGACCCGUGGAGUAACGAUGUUUCACACAUGCAGUGCCAUUUUUCAAUUAUGGAUUUGUCUUUUAAUAGCCCGUGGCUGAGUGUUAGACUACAUAUUUUAAAAGGAGCACACAUACAUACACCCAUCUUUAAUUCUGCUGGUUUUUCAUUGCAGAGGCAGGGACCUUUAACAGUCUGACAGUGGGUUUCUGGAAAGUGUCUGGGCGUGUGAUGCCAGGCAGUUGGCAGAGCCGAGACGUUCCCCUGCUGUUGCCACAGUGGCAGGCAGACGGGAGAGAGACAGACUCAGUCUGACAUAUGCUGGCUUAGAGGAGACGAGAGCUCCGCUCUGAGCCCCAAACUGCUGGUGCUGUAUGCUGUUGUGUCGCUGGAAGGCUGUUCUGUGAGGAUCGCUGGGCGCUGUGCUGGGUAAUUUUCAGCCUGCCUUUGACUAAGCAAAGCAGCUUAUGUAAGAUUUUGGGUCCUUGGUGAGAUCAAGCAAACAGCCUCCAAGGCCCUUCAAAGCUAGUGUUGAUAAAUGUAUUGCUGAAUAGUGGCCUAUACUGUAGAACUUAAGCAUCAGCACUACAUGUAUUUACCUCUGUCAAUCUCUGCUGGGCUCGUUUCAUUGAAGGCUGUCGCUGAAACAUCAGAGGAGUGUUUCUCUGAUGCAAAUUGAGCAGGGCUGUGGAAACAUGCAUCGUAUCCACCACACGGGUUCACUUUAAAGCAUAUCUUUUGCUCCUCCAAGACGCAUUUGCAUAAUGAGACCAUUUUUCUAGUCAGAUCAUGAAUGCGCAAAUUCAUACUGUAAAGUGAGAUCCAAAACGUCACCUGGGGUGGUAGGAAAGCUUGAUAAAGAUCUUUGCAAAAGAGACACAAGCGGUAGUAGAUUUAUAGCCAGCGGAAGAGUUAAGAACUGGGUUUGCAGAAAUCACCAUUCCCCAUCUGGCAUUUUCUAAGCCCUGAACAAAACCUCUCUGCUGUAAUGGCUGGGGUCACAUUUGUCUCCGACUGAAAAUCACUUUCAGUCUGUAAGAAGUUUUUUUUCUUCCUUCCCUUCCACUCAUUUUUGUCCAAAUAGGUGCAGUUAGAUGCUCCAAGGCCUUCUUUUAUGAAGUCAUCUUGUAUUUCCUUAAAGCUUAUGUUAGUGGGUAUUCUAUGCUGGAUCCCUCUGGUUGACUCACGUUGGAGGGAUACUAAACUUGAGAAAGCAGUGUUUAAGUGACCCACCAAAAACUUGUGAAAACCCCAAGGACAAAAAAUUAUGUCAUAUUUAAUCCCACAAGGGUAACUAACUACAAGUGCCAUCUUUCUGACUUAUCCAGCAUACUGUAAAACCAUCACUAUCACAGCCACAUAUCCUUCAUCAGCUCAUUUCUGCCUCCCCUUUUCCAGUUUCCAGUGAUGCAUUUCAGUCAUUUCAGCUCAGCGUUCUGUGUCCUCACUUCUGGUACGACUGUCUAUCCGCGUUUAACUCUAGAACCCAUGAUGUGAAAUAUUUCAAGGGGACUUUUUCGUAACCAUGCCGUGGAAAGAGCAUCAGACUCACAGAGAUAUAGACUGAUACAACACUUCCUUGAACUUGGAAUGUGAAACAACUCUAUAAUUACUAGAUAAAAUGAAAAAGGUAGUUGUUUAGCUAAAACUAUUUUCAUCUCUUGUAUAUCAUAUCUAUAGUGAGGAUGAAUAUAAUGCCAAAUAUUCAUUAUUUGUAAAGAAAUAUAUAUAUAGAUAUAUAAAUAUAUAAUAUAUGCUUCAUUGAAACAUGACUAUUUUCUGCUCUUGCUCAUGUUCUGUUGUCCUUUUUACUUUGUUAUGGUUGUUUUAUAAGCUGAUAUGAUGGCAUGCGAAACACUGAUUCUGAAUGUAGGCUUAUUUAUUUGUUUGUUGUUUUUUUUGUUCAGAAUUCCGACACGGUCACACUGAUAUACACUCGUUAUGUAUUAUUUAAGUCGAUCACAUACGCAUUUCUCAGAGUGUGUUAUUUCAGUGUAAGUUAGUUACUUUUGUGUUAUUUUAGUCGUUUGUAACAACACAUGCAUUUGCCCCAUUCUUUCCUAGCAGAGCUAUUGAAAGAUUUUGCCUCUUUGAGUAGUUUGAUCAUUGCUUAGGUCAUCCGAUGUAAAUAAUUCUGCAAUUAAAUUUUUGGAGAAAAAGUUUGGACAAGUU